CUCUGGGACGCAGCAACAGGUGCCUGUACGGCGACGCUCAAGACCGACAGGGUUAUCGGGCACCUCACCUUUGACAGAACCUGUUCCUCUCUCCAUACAGACGUAGGCACUUUCACACUGAACAGCACGUCAUGGUCGUUAACAGUUUUGCCGGCGACGGCCACGCCGGCACCUGUAUUGAGGGCAGAACCUGGCCCCCUUUCACAACGCGGUGAUUGGCUCCUUGGGUUUAGCGCGGACAAUGCGUGGGUCACUUGGUUCUCGAGGAAGGUGUUGUGGCUGCCACCGACAUACCGGCCGGGAGUGUCGCAUGUGAAUAAAGCGACGUCGACAGUGGCUAUCGGAUGCCCGUCAGGACGAGUCUUCCUUCUUACAUUCUCCCGUGAUCAUUUGCCAUUUUAA